AGCUGCUUCUGUGUUCCUUCCGGCCAAUCAGAGGCGAGCAGCUUUGACGUCCCCGCGGCCGACGUCGACCAAUGGCGAGCGAGCUGAGUUGGAGCAGAGAAGUUUGAGUAAGAGAUAAGGAAGAGGCUGGCGGCCGCUGCGCGCGGAGUCCCACACAGUGCGGCGGCGCCUCUGCCACUCGCCGGCUUCGGCUGUGCCCGGCUUCGCCUCGACGGGUGUUUGGCUUCUCUUUUAAUUAAUCCUCCUCCUCGUCACUGUAAUCAGGGAAUAAAGUAAUCCCACCUCCUUGGACUGAUCCUCAGAGCGACAGAUCAAGCGGCACCUUCUCCCUCGCCAAUGACAGCAUCUCCCACCUAAGAGAAGCAACAGCUUAUUCUGUUGGAGAGGCUCCAUCGCCACCGUGCACCAUUUCACUGUGGACAUUAUACCCUCUUUCAGAUAUGGGAGAUAUGGGAGACCCACCGAAAAAAAAGCGCCUGAUUUCCCUGUGCGUUGGUUGCGGCAAUCAGAUCCACGAUCAGUAUAUUCUGAGAGUUUCUCCGGAUUUGGAAUGGCACGCGGCGUGUUUGAAGUGCGCGGAAUGUAAUCAGUAUUUGGACGAGACUUGUACGUGCUUUGUUAGGGAUGGGAAAACCUACUGUAAGAGAGACUAUAUCAGGUUAUACGGCAUCAAGUGCGCCAAGUGCAACAUCGGCUUCAGCAAGAACGACUUCGUGAUGCGGGCCCGCUCCAAGGUCUACCACAUCGAGUGCUUUCGCUGCGUGGCCUGCAGCCGCCAGCUCAUCCCGGGGGACGAGUUCGCGCUGCGAGAAGACGGCCUCUUCUGCCGGGCGGACCACGACGUGGUGGAAAGAGCCAGCCUUGGCGCUGGGGACCCCCUCAGCCCCCUGCACCCCGCCAGGCCGCUGCAGAUGGCAGCAGAACCUAUCUCUGCCAGGCAGCCGGCUCUCAGGCCGCACGUCCAUAAACAGCCGGAAAAGACCACCCGAGUCCGGACCGUCCUCAACGAAAAGCAGCUCCACACCUUGAGGACCUGCUACGCCGCCAACCCCAGGCCCGACGCCCUCAUGAAGGAGCAACUGGUGGAAAUGACUGGCCUCAGCCCCAGGGUCAUCCGGGUCUGGUUUCAGAACAAGCGCUGCAAGGACAAAAAAAGGAGCAUCAUGAUGAAGCAGCUGCAGCAACAGCAACCCAACGACAAGACUAACAUCCAGGGCAUGACGGGCACUCCGAUGGUGGCGGCUAGUCCGGAGAGACACGACGGGGGCUUGCAGGCGAACCCGGUGGAGGUGCAGAGUUACCAGCCGCCCUGGAAAGUCCUCAGCGACUUCGCCUUGCAGAGUGACAUCGAUCAACCGGCUUUUCAGCAACUCGUUAAUUUUUCAGAAGGAGGCCCAGGUUCCAAUUCCACCGGAAGUGAGGUAGCAUCCAUGUCCUCCCAGCUCCCGGAUACACCCAACAGCAUGGUAGCCAGCCCUAUUGAGGCAUGAGGAACAUUGCUUGCCGUCUCGUGGUCGGUGAAUCUUUUCGCCCCCUGCUGGAGAGAGUGGGAAGGCCAUCACGUUUGGGGACUCGAGAGCAAUGUUUAGACAAAGAAAAGAAACAGUAUUUAAACACAACCUUGUUCAUGAACCUAAGCAAAGAAAACUCCAUGAACUGUCUGAGGAGUCUCGUUUGUCUGGUUUUUUUUUCUUUUUCUUUUUUUUCUUUUGCAAUGUUAAAGGUAGCAACACUGUGAAGACAAUCAUGGGAAUCUUACUCGAAUAAUGCUCAUAAAGAGCCAAUGAAAAUGCUUUUUUUUAAAUUAAAAAAAAGGGAAAAAAAUAAUAAUACCAGGAUCGUAGAAGGAUCAAGCAAAAGACGUUUGUGAAACGUAGAGGAUUUGGAACGGAGGAUCUCCAACCCUUUUCCAUCCUUCAGUGACUGCACAUCUUCAAGAGAAAAAGUCUAGUGUCCACCCUACCCUGAAUGGUGCUCUUUCUAUACCGGCCUCUCCCUUGCAAAAAUAAUAAUGAUAAUGAUAACAAUAACAAUAAUAAUAAUAAUACUAUAAUAAUAAUUUUGGAGGAAAAAAUUACCAAGGAGCUCUUAUAGGUUGCAUUUCCCAAGAUCAAGAGAGGACAAUCUCUAGGCCCCUUCGCCACAGACCGAGUCAUUGCAGGAAGGCGCAGCUCUGCGAGCGGUUUGGAAUUUCUCUUUUUCAGUUGACUUUUCUCAAAGGGGUUGUUCGGAAAAGCUGGGUCUCCCAUCGCAUGUACUGUAGCUUUCUCCCACCUUCUUUACUGGGGGCGGGGGGUGGGGUUCGGUCUGGCUGAACUCCAUCCUGUCAUCUGAAGUCUCCAGUGACAUUUUAUUGUUAUUAUUUAAAGGAGGGAACGGGGUUUCCUUUUCUUUCUUGGUUUCUGUUUUUCUGCUCUUCUCUCUCUCUCUCUCUCUCUCUCUCUCUCUCUAAUCCCAAUUUAAAACUUCAUUCGCAACAAGGUACCUCUCUGGCCACCAAACCGAGUCCCUGUGUUUUUGACUCGCGUCCGUUUAAUAACAUUCCCCUCCUUCCCCCAAAGAUGUGUAUAGUUCUUGACUUAAAAGUUUUGGUUUUUAUUUGUUUCCCUCUCAAUGGACUGGGUUUCCUCUCUGUCUUUCUCUUUCUCUCUCUCGCUGGAAAUAAAGAGGAGGGGGGUAAAACUUUUGUUUGUUCUCGCAUUGCAAAAAUUAUAAAGUAAUUUAUUAUUUAUUA